GUGGGUAACGUGCCUCCAAAGAGACUAGUGAUGCUCUCCGCAACACAGACAGUGAUGUCUACUUACUGGUUAGUGCCAUUCAUCAUUACGUACCUUUUCAGCAAAUACUAUAUUUAUUUCUUUAUUUUUAUGGUCUAUAGCUGGAAUCCAUGAUUUCUCCGUUUCUCUCGCCUUCUGCAACUCCAAUUUCUCUCCUCAUUCUCACAAAUUCGUGCUCGCCUCGCCGGAAAAUUUUAUUUCUCUCACGACGGCUUGCAGUUUGCAGAUCUGCGGUAGGAUUCAGCAACGGUCACAAUUUCUGUGCAAAAUUCUGUAAUAGUCACCGUUUGUGACUUGUGCCUGAGUUGUUCGGGAUCUUGUUCGGCUUCAAGUCUACAACAUGUGUCAACUGACAGAAUCUUUCACGCUGCUAAAAUUGAUUGAAUUUUACUGUAAAUCCGGCCGCCCUAUACAGCAGCAAUGGUUCGACAUCAAAGUUGUUUGCAUCAAAAUUGUGGAUGCCUGCGGAAUCGACUGCGCACCGGAUAAUUUGACUCUCCAUUUCCUGCCUCGCAGCAGUUUGACAGAUCUACAAAUUAACGGAAAGAAAAUCCGUCCGUCAGCGAGCGCUUUUGUGACGCUUCGACGGACUACAAAUGACGGAAACCCUUUAGUUUGGAGUUUUGUGAGCACCGACGGCGUACGAACGACGGGCAAGCUUUCCUUUGAGGUGUACGUCGGCCAUGAGACUCUCGUUUGCGGUGCACUUGACAUAAAAAAAGAAGAUUCCGUCAACAAUGACCGUCAAAGGACGUGGACCGUGGAGUGCAGUAGCGCUUUAGAAUAUCCGUCAAGAUGGAACUCGACGGAAAAUCGCCCGGUCUCGUUCCCGUCAAUUGAAGUGUACGUCACGGGGCAAGCUGGCAGUUUGCCUGUAAUUUUGACGCGCACUGAAGAGCUUAUAGCCAGGAAAAAAAGGGCGCGUCAAAGGUUGAGUUUGGAUGCAAUUCCUGAAGGAAACGAUUACGAGAUUUCGUUCGUCUCAAACGAAAAUGACGCCACGGAAAACCAGGAGCAAAGGGGGAGCUUUAUGGAGAUGGAUGAUAAAUUAAUUGUCAUGAUAUGCGAAGCAGCAAUGGAAAGGUUUGCUAAGUUGUUGGAGCCUAAGGAAAUUAAGUGCUUGAAGAAUUUCAAACUCACAUGGUUAUAUGUAGGUCUUUGUCUUUGUCUUGCAGUUGGGUUUGGGGUUUCUCUUGGAUUAGGUAUGGGUGUGUUCUUGUUAGUCAUUAGGGUUUCUAGAGGAACUUCUAGACUUGUAAAAAAUCUAACGUCUUGGAUUUAAUCUAAAAUCAUUUAUCUUGUUACACCAAAAGGUCUCUAGGAAGAGAGAAAAAUUAUAAUGGCACCAAAGUUAUCAUGUAUAUUGUGUAUAAGUAAUAUACAUUAACAUCAAUAUGAUUAUGUUGGAGACUAAGGUUCAA